ACUAGCUCUCACGGUCUCUUUUGGUGAAUAGUACUAUUGAACUUGCUCGUUCUGGAAAGACUCAACUCAAAAUGUCCGGUCAUUCUCAUAACCAUGGUCAUGGAUGUGGCCACGAAGCCACCGAUGUCGAUCAUGCCCUUGAAAUGGGUAUUGAAUAUAGUCUAUAUCAAAAAAUUGAUAUGGAAAAUUUGGAAUGCCUAAAUGAGGAAAGUGAUGGUGAUGGCAAAAAAGUUUUCAAAUCCUACGAGGAACGUUUGGAUGUGACAAAGUUUGUCAAAAGUGAUUGUGAUGAGGAGCUACUGUUCAACAUACCCUUUACCGGCAACAUUAAGCUGAAGGGUAUUAUUGUGGCUGGAGCCAAUGAUGAUUCACAUCCCAAUAAGAUGAGGCUUUUCAAAAAUCGUGAAAAAAUGACAUUUGAUGAUGCCCAAGCUAAAGCGGAUCAGGAAUUCGAAUUGACACGAGAUUGUCGGGGUGAAGUUGAGUAUUCUCCAAAAGUUGUAACAUUUUCCUCAGUACACCACCUGUCCAUACACUUCGCUUCCAAUUUUGGUGAUGAUAAUACAAAAAUCUAUUAUAUUGGCCUUCGUGGAGAAUUUAGUGAGGCGCAUCAUCAUGGUGUAACUAUAUGCAGUUAUGAAGCAAGACCCAAUGUCAGCGAUCAUAAAAAUGAAGCUUUUGAUUCUGUUACACGAACUAUACAAUAAUCGAUUUGAUAUUGACGAAAGUCAAUAAAUUAUUCCAGCCGGAAUUGAUGUCGAAAUUAUUUCCUAAUUAUGUGAACUCUUAAAAAGUGGAAUGAAUAACUUAUAUACUAUUUAUAGCAUGUUUCCAUUGGAAACCGAACAACGUUGUUCGCUCUCAGAAUUAGGUACACGAAUUAACCCGUUCAUACGGCACGAUUCGUAAUUCAUAGUAAAAUAAUUCCUUUUUUUCAAAAUUUUGUUUGUUGAUUUUAAUGGGAAUUUAUACUAAAAUACAUUAAAUUCUCACUAAUAUGGAUAGAAGAAAUGAUUAUUUUUCUCCCAAAGAUUUAUUAAAACAUUAAUUUUAUAAUAUUCAUUCACGUUUCCAACUUUUUGUGUAAAUGUUGACAUUUUGAACAUAUUUUUGUAUUUUUCUAUUUUUAAAUUCUGCUGGAGAGACACUUGUCAAACAUUUUUUCUGCCGAUACAAACAUUUUAAAAAUAUUGCCUCUUUUGUUUCCUGUUUUCUGUGGUAAUUUCAACUCGUGGACAAAAUGCGUACCUCGGAUGAGAGAGAAAACAAAAUUUACUUUCGUUUGAAUGUACAUACGCUAUUCUACAUUGUAGUUUUCAUUCAUAAAUUUCAGUCUUCCCAAAAUUUUUCAAAAUUUCAUUAAAUUUUUCUAUUUUCAAUUUUUAAAUGUCAUAAUUAAUUUUUUCGAUAAAUGCUCUCAUUUGUUAGGGAUGGGACAUAUUUUUUCGUUGU